AUGAUUUUGAAUGGCUUUUGCAGAUUCCUGGCAAUCUAUUCGCUGAUUUUCCCAAGGACUCUGUGUUUCUUGCCAAAACCGCAAAGGGUAUUACUUGUAUCGUUUGAUGGCUUUAGGUGGGAUUAUAUCUACAAAUUCCCAACACCCAAUUUCCACGAUGUCAUAAAGAAUGGCGUACAUGUCGAACAGAUCACUAAUGUGUUCAUUACCAAGACAUAUCCUAACCACUACACCAUGGUGACGGGUCUCUAUGCAGAGAGCCACGGUAUAGUUGCCAACGAGAUGUACGAUCCGAUUCUGAAUGAAACUUUCUCCAUGAACCACAUGACCAUCUACAAUUCAAAAUUUUGGGAAGAUGCUUAUCCCGUCUGGAUCACUAACCAAAUGCAAGGGCAUAGAAGCGGAGCCGCGAUGUGGCCAGGGACCGACGUCAAGAUCCACGGCGUCUUUCCCACACGCUACAUGCUUUACAACGAGUCCGUUUCAUUUGAAGAGCGUGUCGCCAAGCUGAUUGAGUGGUUUAUGUCUGAAGAGCCCAUCAAUUUCGGACUGCUGUACUGGGAGGAGCCAGACGAGAUGGGACACCGUUUAGGUCCAGAUAACCCUCGUAUGAAGUCCGUCAUCACUGAGAUCGAUAAUCUGCUGAGCUACCUGGUGCAGGAGCUGAAGAGAGCAAAACUGUGGGACACUUUGAAUGUCGUUGUCACAAGCGACCAUGGAAUGGCACAGUCCUCAACAGACCGGAUCAUAGAGCUUGACCAGUACGUGGGCAGAGACUUGUAUACAAUGAUCGACCAUUCACCCGAUGUAGCUAUUUUACCAGUAGAAGGCAAACUUGAUGACGUAUACAACUCUCUGGUCAAAGCUCAUCCCCAUAUGACUGUCUAUAAGAAGGAGGAGAUUCCAAGCAGGCUGCAUUACAGACACAGCAGUAGAAUUCAGCCAAUCUUAGCAGUGGCUGAUGAAGGAUGGGAAAUCUUCCAGAACAAAUCAGACCGCUUUGAAUUGGGCAACCACGGAUAUGACAACACCCUACCAGACAUGCACCCGAUCUUCUUGGCCCACGGCCCUGCCUUUAGAAAGAACAUUAGUAAGCAAACUAUGGACUCCACGGACUUGUAUCCCUUGUUGUGCUACCUGUUGGGUAUCGAGCCCUUGCCCAACAAUGGCUCCCUUGACAAUGUGAAAGAUCUACUUGUGAGCGAAGCCCCCCAAAAUCCUCAAGGUACAAGUCAGGAAGAAUCCUAUGCCUAUUUCAUUGGUGUUUUUCUGGGUAGCGUUCUUGUCUUUGGUUUUCUUAUCAUGUUCGUUAAACAUUUAACCCGUAGCCAAAUCUCGGCCUUGCGAGUACAAAACUUAGAAAUAGCUCAGCCUUUACUACAGAGUUAA